AGGAUAAUUUCGGAGGAGCGUGAAAGGCUCAAAGCAGAACAAGAUCAGGGGGUGGAAAUGAGUCUACAGAUGGACCAAGCAGCAGGUCCUGUUGCUGGCAACGCAGAAGCCCAGGCUGCAGCAGGUCCUGUUGCUGGCAACGCAGAAGCCCAGGCUGCAGCAGGUCCUGUUGCUAGCAACGCAGAAGCCCAGGCUUUACGACAAGCAAGGAGAAAUAGGGUGGGCCAAGAAACAACGGAUGGGGUCUUCGUGAAGGCAAAGUGUGGAGGCAAAACAUUCACAAGAUGUUUUAAUAUAGGCUCAUGUUAUCAAGAAGUAUAUGACUGGAUUGGUUGCAGAGAGGACCUGCCUCUACACUUUAUCCUCCUCAGGACCCCAAACCCGUGCCCCAUCAAGAGAGAUGAGAAAAUCUCCCAGAGUGAAACAGUUGUUGUUUCUGAGGUGACUCAAGAACAAGAGUUCGGAAAAAUGCAUACAACU